AUGGCACUUGCACACAUUACUGGUGGACAAUACGUUCCAAUGGUGAAUGCUAAUCUUUUGGCUCAAAUGAUUAUUGCUGGAGUGCGUGAAGAAAUAUCAUUGGAUCGUCUCAUGAAUAGUUCUCGGAAAGACAUUGUUCAAGUUAUACAAAAGGCAACCUCUGAUGGAGUUGACGAUCAAGAAACAGCCAAACGGCUUCAACAGGUUUUCAUCUCGAAGAAAGUGCAAGUUAAUCGAAUGAAAAAUGAAGCUGGGGUGCCAUCAAAGGAUGCUGAAGAAUGCUAUGCGAAGUGCCUCGAUAUGGCUGAUAUACAGAGCAAAUACAAAAAGACGGAGCCAACCUCAAACACAAAUGUUGCUGCAAUGGACUAUGGUCUACAAGAAGAAGAGAGUGUGACCAUUGAGCAGGCAAAACGUAUUCUUCAAAAGGCAAAAAAUUGGGAAAUUCCCUCUAGUAGAAAAGGUCAUGAGCGUGAAAAACAAUCUUUUACAACAUCUGAUCGUACACGAAAGAGUGGGCAAACGCAGAGUGAACAUCGCACACCAUGCAGAUAUGGUUCUGAGUGUCAUGAUCACAGUGAUUAUCAUCGAGCAAAAUAUUAUCAUGCGGAUAGUGAUAAGAAACAAGAAUUGCAAACACAUCAACGCACACCAUGUAAAUAUGGUUCUGAUUGUCAUGAUCAAAGCGAAUAUCAUCGAGCAAAAUACUACCAUUCUCACAGUGAUAAGAAAUCAGAAAUGCGAACCCAUCAACGCACAUCAUGUAAAUAUGGUUCUGCCUGUCAUGACCACAGUGAUUAUCAUCGAGCUAAAUACUAUCACCCUUAA